ACUGCUGACUUGACAUUAACUGAUUUACAAUCACAAAGUAGCUCAAACAUCAGCGGCAGCAACAUACUGUAAACGCACAGAUCCACUGUGGGAAAGUCGACAGUCGCCGAGGGGAGAAAAACAGUGUCAUGUUUUCUCGCAGGUGGAGAUUCGGUUGGGACAGCCACAAUGAGGUGGACCUCUUCACAGACCGCCAUGAGACCAAUGCAGAGACCCUGUCCCAGACCAUUAGAGCUGCCAUGUCUGAGGAGCGGGAUACAGAUAACAGCGUGGUGAUUGGCCACCUGAAGGGCACCGUGGUCGGCCUCAGAUAUUAUACCGGGGUGGUGAAUCCAGGUGAAAUGGUCGGUUUAGUGCGACAGCCCCAGAAUCAAUAUGACCCCAAUGCUGUGAUGGUCGCCAACACUUAUGGCAACCAAGUGGGCCACAUCAAGCGGGAGCUGGCUGCAGCUAUGGCCCACGUCAUGGACAACAAUUUGGCUAAAGUAGAGGGGGUGGUACACACAGGGACUAAUAACACAUUCACCAUGCCAGUGAUGCUGUCCUUCUGGGGGAAAGAAGAGAACAAAAAAGCUGUGAUUGAGAGCAUGGCACGUCGUGGAUUUAAACUGAACACAGGUGUAAGCAGCGCAGCAGGUGCAAGUCAGAAACCAUAUUACAGUCAAGGUGCUCUCGCUCUGGCAUCUAAAAAAGGAUUAACCAUCGCACUAUCUGCAGAGGAGCUGAAGAAUGCAUUUGACAACCUUUUUGAGGGCUUGAUGGAGAGUAAAGACGGAGAAAAGGAAGCAGCUGAGUCUGUGGGUACUUCUCUCCUGCUCCACCAGAAGCAGGCUUUGUCCUGGAUGUGUGCUCGAGAAAACAAGUCCUCACUGCCGCCCUUCUGGGAGAAGAGAGGCGAGCUCUACUAUAACAGCCUCACGUGUUUCUCUGCCAAAGAAAUGCCAGAGAGAAUACGUGGGGGAAUUCUGGCAGAUGACAUGGGGCUGGGAAAAACUCUGACAACCAUCGCUCUGAUUCUCACCAACUUUCACAAUGGAAAGCCUCUGCUUGUGGAAAAAUGUGGGGAGCGGUCUUCACCUAUCAAAGCCAAAACUAAACCAGGGAAAGCCUCCAAACUGGAAGGAAGCAGCAGAACAGGCGAUGGAGCAGGAGGGAGUGAUGCAGCAGCUGGUUCUGCAUGCUCAGACAUUCCUCAGGUGGAGGUGCCAGAUGAAGGUACGAACAAAGGAAAGAAGAAAGCCACCAAGCGAAAGCCGAGUAAAGUAUUUCUGGAGGAUCUGGACUUUGCUGCAGCGCUGGCUGGCCCAGCAGCAGAUACAGGCCUAAAGAAGAAGAAAACGGCCAAGAAGGCCACAACCCCACUUGUUGUGGAAUCCACCAUCAGUGAAAGUGCGGAUGAACUAUCGGCUAGAACGACUCUCAUCAUCUGCCCACUCUCUGUAAUCAGCAACUGGCUGGACCAGUUUGAGGAGCAUGUGCGUGAAAACGUGAAGCUAAAUGUGUAUCUGUAUUAUGGCUCAGAGCGCAACAGGAACAAGUCAUUUCUGUCCUCUCAGGAUGUGGUGAUCACCACCUACAACGUCCUCUCGGCCGACUUUGGGAAUAAGAGUCCCCUCCAUGGGAUCAGCUGGCUGAGGGUUGUGUUGGACGAAGGACACAUUGUAAGAAACCCCAAUGCACAGAUGAGUAAGGCUGUGCUUGGCCUAAAAGCUCAGCGGCGUUGGAUUUUGUCAGGUACUCCUAUCCAGAACAGUGUGAAGGACCUGUGGAUGCUGCUGGCUUUCCUGCGUCUGAAGCCCUUUGAUGUAAGAGAGUGGUGGAACAGAGUGAUCCAGAGACCUGUUACUCGGGGAGACAGGGCCGGCCUCCAAAACCUUCAGACCCUGGUGAGGUGCAUCACCCUGCGGCGGACCAAGAGCAGCAAGGUGAAUGGGCGCCCCCUUGUGUCCCUCCCUGAGAAGACAGUAUCCGUGGAGCAGGUGGAGAUGAACCAGUCGGAGAGAGAGGAGUACGAGCUGGCACGCAAUGAGGGAAGGAACACCAUCGGCAGAUACGUCAGUGAAGGGACAGUCUUAAAGAAUUAUGCUGAUGUGUUGGCCAUCCUGAUGAGGCUUCGACAGCACUGCUGCCACCCUGAUCUGCUUGGAAAAACAUCCUCAGACCCUGGUGCUGCAGCGACGCCUGCAGAGCUGCGUGAGCGUCUGAUAGAGAAGCUGCGGCUGGUGUUGGCCAGCGGCUCUGACGAGGAAUGCUCUGUGUGUCUGGAUUCAAUCCGUCUGCCCGUCAUUACACACUGUGCCCAUGUUUACUGCAGGCCCUGCAUCGCACAGGUUAUCGGCAAUCAGCAGGAAACAUCGCGCUGUCCUCUCUGUCGAAGUGACAUAAAGGCCAGUGAGCUGGUGGAGUUUCCACAGGAGGCAAUGGAGGAGGAGAACAGUACAAACUCUGAGAAGUGGAGGACAAGCUCAAAGGUGCAGGCGCUGAUGGGAAACCUGCUCAGGCUGAGAUGCAAUGACAGCAGCAUUAAGAGUUUGGUCGUCUCUCAGUUUACACGCUUCCUCACCAUACUGGAGACUCCACUCAGAGAGCAUGGAUUCAGUUUUGUGCGUUUUGACGGCACCAUGAGCCAGAAGAAGAGGACUGAGGUCAUCCAGGAGUUUCAGAGCUCUGCAGCCGACAGUCCAGUCAUCAUGCUUCUGUCACUCAAAGCUGGAGGGGUGGGGCUUAACUUGACGGCCGCUUCUCAUGUUUUCCUCAUGGACCCUGCGUGGAAUCCUGCUACUGAGGAGCAGUGUAUCGACCGAUGUCACCGCCUGGGACAGACGAGGAAAGUUGUCGUCACCAAGUUCAUUGUAAAGAAUUCAGUGGAGGAGAACAUGGUUAAGAUUCAGAGACAGAAGCAGGACCUGGUGGAGAAGGCUUUCGGAUCCACAAACACUGAUAGAAAAACAUCCCGCAUUGAUGAGAUCACAGCUCUGCUGGAGCUGUAGACGUCCGACCCCACAAAAAAAUCACAGUCAGCUGUUACUGGUACAGUUCAGAUGUUUCUGUUGUUUACAUGUUAAUACAGCAGUUCAGGUCCAUUGUCAGAGAGUUCUAAUCUGAAGGGCUGCAGAGAUUUGUUUGUACACGUUGUAAUUUUUCUGUCCAUAUUUCAAAAAGUCAAAAUGUUAUUAUAUAGUUUGUCAUCAAUUUUCUAUUUUCUGUUUUAUUUCUCCUUCACAAUUAAUGUUUUGAUACUGAUUCAACACCAUUUGAAAGGCUUCAAUCGUUAUUCAGUUGCAGAAGCCGUUUGCCUAGAUCUCCGUUUUAAUCAUAAAUACAUCACAGCUGCCAUAAUGCAUUGAGGUGUCUCUAAAGGAUGUUGUUGAAAGUUAAUGCCCUGGGAGUUCAGACCCUGAGAUGAAGACAGAGCAGUAACACCCGUCUAUUUUAGCAGCUUCAGUUUUCAAUAAGCAAAAAAAAAAAACAGCCUUGAAGAUUCAGAUAUUUUGUAUGCAGGAAUUUUGUGCCAUCUCGGAGUUAAAUAAAAGCAGACUACUGAUGUUGUAUAUUUGUAGCCAAGACAUGGAGCAGAACUUUUGUUUCAACAGUAAAUUAAAGGGAAACCUUUACUACACAAUGUGUGCACUGCUUCAUUUCAUCAAUCAGUUUGUUGACUUUGUUAAUCAAUUUCUCUUGCAAGUGGUUUUAUUACAAGUGCUUCUCAGUGUGAUACCACAUGUCUGACAUUAAACAAGACAUUUAAAGACAUCAGAACAAAGGUCGACCUGUUACUCAAAAUAUAUAAAAACUUUUUCACUAUUAAGUGACAUCAAGUGACAACCUUUUCUUUUAAGAUGUCGCCCUGCAACCCUUUCAGAGUUGUUUAUUUGAAAUGAUCAUAAACUAAAUGUUAUUAAAGACAUUACUUGUU